UUGGGACCCGAGGCGGAACGGUUAAUUGGCACUUGUUUUUUAAGGAAAACCAUCUUAGAGCUCAACGGAUAUGUCGUAAAAACUUUUAGGAGCGCUUGUAUUCCUUAUCAAAUCAGCCGCAGGUAAAAUAGCUGAUGUUUUACAAUGGAAAUACAUAGACUCCGCCAGCGCGGGCUUCUACGGAACAAAAAAAUGAAGGACCAACUGAUUUCGCGCGCGAUGUUUUCCUUAUUGAGAAGCCUCAUCGUCCCAGUAGCAAGCAGCUAAGAUGUCGAGCGUCCUGGAUGCCCCAAAAACAAGAAUAAACUGCUCCAUGCUCUCGCAGCAUAUUAAUCGAGCAGUUUGUUUGACUGGACACGUCGGACAGGUUCAUCCAACUGGAAAAACGUUCACAGUCAAGGAUGGAGAAGGAAACACUGCAACAGUUGAGCUGAACGAACCCCUUGAGGAGGAGCUGAGUGGCAUCGUGGAGGUAGUUGGUAUGGUGUCCAACAAAGGAUCCAUUAUGGCCACCGUGUACAACAUGCUACGAGAAGACAAGAGCGUUCCCUUUGAUCUGGAAAUGUACAACGGAGCCCUGAAGGUGAUUCAGGACUUCCCUCAGUACUAUCCUUUUGAGGUGUCUGCAAGCAGGUGAAACCCAAGGGAAGAUGGCAUCCUCUGUGUUUUUUUCUACUCAGCUUCUGUUGUGUUUGACAAAGUUCGGUUGUAAGUUCAGCGGGGAAAUUAUGACACAAUAUUAAAUGCAAAAUUUUUACGUUUUUACUCGUCUGUCAUCUUUGAACCUCAACAAGACACCAAACUGCUUUACGUUUUAAUUUAAAUCAAAAGCAGGAGGUCAGAGAAAUGAAUGUAUCACAUAACAUUUUGGCUGUUUCUUAAAUCUCUUCUCAUAAAGAUACUGUACGACGCCACACACUGAAAAUAGGGGUCAAAUGUAUGAAUCAAAAUCAGAAAUACUUCAAUAUUCCCAGAGGGAAAUUAUUU